AUAGUCAUCUCUAAUACAAUUAAUGAGUCACAAGUUGUAAUGACUAUUUGCUGAUUGUUUGUUUAAUCAAUUGUUUACGACAAAGUUGUUUCUAUAAGUUUUUCCUAGUAAUAAUUCUAUUUAAUGGCAUAUCAACAAAGUGGAAUGCCAGACCAGCAAUUUUUGUGGGACGUGUUUCAAAGGGUUGAUAAGGAUAGAAGCGGACAUAUUUCUGCAGAUGAACUUCAAGUGGCCCUUUCCAAUGGCACAUGGUCGGCUUUCAAUCCCGAGACAGUCAGAUUAAUGAUUGGAAUGUUUGAUCGCGAAAAUAGGGGAACAGUUUCAUUCCAAGACUUUGGAGCGUUAUGGAAAUAUGUAACAGAUUGGCAAAAUUGUUUUCGUUCAUUCGAUCGAGACAAUUCCGGCAAUAUAGACAAGCAAGAACUGAAAACCGCUCUAUCAUCGUUUGGUUAUCGUUUGUCGGACCAUCUGGUAGAGGUCCUACUGAGAAAAUUUGACCGUUUUGGUAGAGGCACGAUUCUCUUCGAUGAUUUCAUACAAUGCUGUAUUGUUCUUUAUACCCUAACCACGGCCUUCAGGCAACACGAUACAGACAUGGAUGGAGUUAUUACAAUUCACUAUGAGCAAUUUUUGAGUAUGGUAUUUUCAUUAAAAAUUUAAUAAUCUCCUAUAAAAUAAAAUUACAGUUUUUCUAAAUUCAUAUUCCAAAAGCAAGAACAUGUAUAAUUUUUUGUAUUGUGACUAUAAUCGCCUUUUUAAAUCUGUACAGUUGCCAAAUCUCUCCUACCACCAAUGUUGAUAUUUUAAGAAAUAAAACGUUUUAUUAAUAAAUGCAUAUCACCGAA